AUGGGGAAUCCAAACAAUGUGACUGAAUUCAUUCUUUUAGGCGUUACAAGGAACCCAGAACUUCGAAAAGUAUUGUCUGUUGUAUUUUUGAUCAUGUAUUUGUUCACAGUUGUGGGAAAUGUACUCAUUGUGGUAACCAUGAUCACAAGUCAGAGUCUGAGAUCACCUAUGUAUUUUUUCCUUACUUCCUUGUCCCUUAUGGAUGUGACCUACUCUUCUGUUGUUGCUCCCAAGAUAAUCGUGGACUGCCUCUCCGAGCACGCGACCAUCUCUUUCAAUGGCUGCAUGACUCAGCUCUUUACAGAACACUUCUUUGGUGGUGUGGGGAUUAUCCUUCUCACUGUGAUGGCCUAUGACCGCUACGUGGCCAUCUGCAAGCCCCUGCACUACACGACCACCAUGAGUCCUCGGGUGUGCCACAUACUGCUGGCAGGGGCGUAUUUAGGGGGGGCCAUGCAUGCUACAAUACAACUUUUAUUCAUGUAUCAAUUACCUUUCUGUGGUCCCAAUGUCAUUGAUAACUUUGGAUGUGAUUUGUUCCAAUUGAUGAAACUGGCUUGUAUGGACACUCACAGAGUAGGGCUUUUGGUCAUUCUCAACAGUGGGGUGAUGUGUAUGGUCAUCUUCUUGAUUCUAAUUACCUCCUACACAGUCAUCCUCUGCUCCCUGAAGUCUUACAGCUCAGAGGCUCGGCGGAAAGCCCUGUCCACCUGUGGCUCCCAUAUCACCGUGGUUGUCUUGUUUUUUGUUCCUUGUAUAUUCUUGUAUGUGAGACCUGUGACCAUUUACCCCAUAGACAAGGCAAUGGGCGUGUCCUUCACAGUUGUCACACCCAUGUUAAAUCCCCUGAUUUAUACCUUGAGAAACUCAGAAGUGAAAAAUGCCAUUAGGAAACUGUGGAUGAAAAAGGGACCAUAG